UCGAUACACUUCAAGUCUAUUCAUAGUCUCCGUUCGUCUGUAUCUAAGCAGUUAACAGUCGAGUUGCGGCGGAGCAAAAACAUGGAGGUGGAGUUAGAGCCGAGGGUAAAGCCUUUAGCUUUUAAAGUAAAGGGUAUGUCUCGAGAAUCACCUUUACAGAAGGCUUCCCAUGUACUUGACUCGGACCUCAGAAAUCACUGGUCCACUGGUACCAAUACAAAAGAGUGGAUUUUACUCGAAUUAGAUGAACCCUGCCUACUUUCACAUAUUAGGAUUUACAACAAGUCUGUGCUGGAAUGGGAAAUUUCAGCUGGCUUGCGUUACAAGCCAGAGACAUUUCCAAAAGUUCGCCCACGUUGUGAAGCCCCUCGACGGGACAUGAUGUACCCUAUGAACUAUACUCCAUGCCGUUAUGUUCGAAUAUCUUGCUUGCGAGGGAGCCCUAUAGCAAUUUUCUUUGUACAGUUGAUUGGUAUUACAGUUACUGGUCUUGAACCAGAGUUUCAACCGAUCGUCAACUACUUGCUACCCCACAUAAUAUCAAGCAAGCAGGACGAUAAUGAUAUACAUCUUCAGCUGCUUCAAGAUAUCACAAACCGGCUGGGAGUGUUCCUUCCCCAACUAGAGGCUGAUCUUAACAGCUUUUCAGAUGCUGCAGAAUAUGCUACACGUUUUCUUGCAAUGCUUGCUGGUCCCCUUUACCCAAUUCUUCAAAUUGUAAAGGAAAGGGAAACAGCCAGGUCAGUAGGCAAUGUUUCGGAAUCUGAAGCUUCAAGAAACAGUCAACCUGUAAUAGCUUUGACUGUAUCAUCGAAUUUUGAGCCUAGGAGAUCACGCAACAUGUCUACCCUGAUUUUUCCUACAUCUUGUUACUUAGCUUUUCGUCCAGAUGCCAUCUUCAUUUUACUGAGGAAAGCUUACAAGGAUUCUAACCUGGGAAAUAUUUGCAGAGUGGCCUCUUGGAUUCUGUGGAAGUUUCUUGGGCCUAUAAUAAAGCCGCCAGAAGCUUCACAUUCUUGUAGUGAAAUUACAACUUCAGUGCCUGAUGAAGGAUCACAAUCUGACCCUUCCACCCCUCCUUCUUUUGCUGAUUACUCAGAUUUAUUUGGAGAUGAAUUUAAGAUACCAGAAUAUACAUGGGACUCCAUUUUCAGUAAUGUCUUAGAUAUUGGCCUAGUGGAAGAAGGGAUUUUACAUGUUCUGUAUGCUUGUGUAUCCCAGCCCCUACACUGCAGCAAGUUGGCAGAUAAUGCUUCUGAUUUUUGGUUGGCAUUGCCCCUAGUUCAAGCAUUGCUUCCAGCACUUCGUCCUAGUAUCAACAGUAGUGACCCAAUUGAUGAAGAUUUGUCUCUGUGGAAACAACCUUUUGUACAGAAAGCUCUGUCCCAGAUUGUUGGGACUUCGUCUUCAUCAGUGUAUCGUCCUCUGCUUCGUGCUUGUGCAGGUUACCUAUCAUCAUUUUCACCAUCAAAUGGGAGGGCUGCAUGUGUGCUCAUUGAUCUUUGCUCUGGUGUCUUGGCUCCAUGGAUGCCUCAAGUGAUAGCCAAGAUUGACUUAGCACUUGAGCUUUUGGAGGACCUUUUGCCUGUAAUCCAGGGCGCCCACCACUCAUUUGCUCGUGCACGUGCAGCCCUUAAAUAUAUUGUCUUAGCUUUAUCUGGCGUUAUGGAUGAUAUUUUGGUCAAAUAUAAGGAUGCUAAGCACCAAGUGCUUUUUCUUGUUGAGAUGCUAGAACCAUAUCUCGAUCCUGCAAUAACCCCUGCACAGAGCAUUAUAGCCUUUGGGAACGUUUCUUCAGUUGUCCUUGAAAAUCAAGAGAAAAAUUGUGCUAUUGCGUUAAAUGUGAUUCACACAGCUGUACUCAAGCCUGCUGUCCUUCCCUCUCUGGAAGCUGAGUGGAGGCGCGGAUCAGUUGUUCCAAGUGUACUUCUCUCAGUUUUGGAACCUCACAUGCAGCUUCCUUCUGAUGUCGACCUUCGCCAAUCUCCUAGUGUUGAGCUGCUAGGACCACAAUUAUUGAAUGUUUUACCUCUUUCUUCUGUCCUACGCAAUGCUGGAGCUUCUUCUAGAUCUGGCAGUCAUGAGGAUUCUGAUGCAAAAGUUGAUUCUGAUAUGACUGGAAAAGGAGACAUCCCUGUGGAAGUGAACCUUCUCUUUUCCCCCCCAGAGCUCAAUGGAAUCUCACUAGUCUCUGGGAGCCUGGAGAAAAAGUGCAGAGACUUAAGUUCUGAUGUCAAGAAGGAAAUUAAUCAAAUUGUUGAGAAGUCCACAAACAAUCAGUUUGACCAUGGCUUGCUAUCUGCUAUUGAUAAUACUGUUGAGUAUUCUAAUCUGCAUGAUGAUUACUUUCAGCUUGUAAGUUAUCGAGAUUGUCAGAUGAAAGCUUCUGAAUUUAGGCGUUUAGCUCUGGACUUGCAUUCUCAGUGUGAGAUCACUCCGGAGGGUCAUGAUGCUGCUAUAGAUGCUUUGCUUUUAGCAGCAGAGUGUUAUGUUAAUCCGUUCUUUAUGGUGUCUUCCAGGGACAGCUCACCUAUUAUGAACAAACUGAAUACUAAGAAGCCGUGUAAAAACCAUGAAGUUUCUGUUCUUCGAGAACUUUUUGAGGAGGACAAUGACUUCAAAAUUGUAGCAGAUCUUGAGAGGAAAAGAGACAAAUUUGUUCUUGAAAUAAUGCUUGAAGCAGCUGAGCUUGACAGGAAGUAUCAGCAGAACUCAGCCGGGGAAUGUAUGACUCCCUAUGUUGGGAAUGAUGAAAAACUUGAUUUAUCUCAGCAAGAUAUAAAAUCAGCAGAUGCUAUCACCUUACUUCGUCAAAAUCAAGCACUUAUAUGUGAUUUUUUAAUUCAUCGUCUGCAAAAAGAGGAGCACCCGACACAUGAGAUACUAUUGCAAAUUCUGCUGUUUCUAUUGCACUCUGGAACUAGAUUGAACUGUCCUCCUGUGCUCAUUGUUGACACAAUCAUAAAAUCUGCUGAGCUCUUAAACCAGCAGCUGAGAACUUUUUACUAUCAAUUAAAAGAAGGAAUUGUCCAGUUUAAUGAGUGGAAGCUGCAGGCAGUUCAACGUCGCUGGAUUCUUCUUAAGAGAUUGAUAAUUGCUUCAAGUGGUUGUGAUGAAGGGUCCGAGCUUUCAAUUAACUACAGGAGUGGUUUUCGGUUUGCUAAUCUAGUUCCUGCUUCAGCUUGGCUGCAGAAAAUACCUGCAUUCUCAUCUUCAACUUCCCCUCUUGCCCGUUUUCUUGGCUGGAUGGCAAUAUCUCGUAAUGCUAAACAGUAUCAGAAGGAGAAACUCUUCCUUGUCUCAGAUCUUUCACAGUUGACAUAUCUCCUAUCUAUAUUUUCAGAUGAGCUUGCUGUAGUAGGUCACCUGGAGCAGAAAGAUGACAAGAAAAUUGAAGAAUCUGGUAGCAAUUCAAGUUCUAGGAAAGGGGGUGAAAGUUGUAGUCCACAGAAUGGAGAUCAGUCUUUUUCUGUUAUAUACCCGGACAUAAAUCAGUUCUUUCCCAAUAUGCAAAAAGAGUUUGAAGUUUUUGGGGAAUCUAUAUUGGAGGCUGUUGCUUUGCAAUUAAGAUCCUUUUCUUCUGCUAUUGUACCAGAUUUAUUGUGUUGGUUUUCUGAUUUUUGUUCAUGGCCUUUUUUUCGAGAAGAGAACCAACCUUUUUGUAGAAGAUCUACUGGGUUUGCAAAAGGUUUUGUUGCUAAGAAUGCAAAAGCAAUUGUCUUUUAUGUGCUUGAAGCCAUUGUAGCUGAGCACAUGGAAGCACUUGUACCAGAAGUACCAAUCUUGAUGCAAGUUCUUGUUUCCUUGUGUAGGUCUUCAUAUUGUGAUGUGUCAUUUCUCAGUUCAGUGUUGCAAUUGGUAAAGCCAAUUAUCUCAUAUUCUUUGGGAAAAUGUUCUGCCAAUGAGAAGUUAGUGAGUGAUGAUUCAUGUCUUAAUUUAGAAUCAUUAUGCUUUGAUGAACUUUUUGACAUCAUCAAAGAUGAGAAUCAUAACACUCCAAGAGAGGAUGGAUUGUGCAGGGCAAUGCCAAUUUUUGUUUUGGCAUCGGUGUUUCCGGAUCUAUCCUUGCAACGCAAAGUUGAACUAUUGCAGUCUUCUAUAUCCUGUGCUGAUUUUGCUUCUUGUGAGCCAACUACUUCAUUUCAUGAUUAUCUUUGUGCAUAUCAGGCUGUAAUAAGAAAUUGCAGAGUUUUGCUACUUGAGACAUUGAGAGGCUGGGGUGUCAUUCCCUAUGCUAUAUCUCCGUUGUCUGAAAUGGAUUCUGCAACAUGUGAUAAUAGAUCUGAACAGCACUCAACUUUCCUUUUGGAUAUCUACUCAACUGAGAUGAAUGAAACAAACAUGGAUGAUAAUGCUGUUGUGAACAAGAAGUCCCAUCUCAAAGUUGUGGAAGUUGUAAGAUUCUUAAAGGACCUAGAAGCACUCAUUUCUAAGCUAAAUCCAACUAUUGAACGAUGCUUUAGGAUUCACCAUAAAUUAGCAGACAGUCUAGCCCUUGUUUCUGCAGAAAGUUUCGUGUACUCAAGAUGCUUAUGUUUGGUUGCUGAGAAAGUUCCAGUUUCUGAAGGCAGUGAAGAGGGAAUUCUGCUUAAGAUGAAAUCUAUUUCAGAUUUCACUGAUUUUUGGAAAAUCAGUCUUGAUGGACUUGCAGAAAUGAUUCUAUUGCUUCAAAAGAACCACUUGUGGGAGCUUGCUUCUGUGAUCCUUGGUUCUGUACUUGCUGUUCCUCAACGCUUCUCUUUGCAUAGUGUAAUUAGCAAUGUAUGCUCUGCAGUUAAAAAUUUCUUGCAUGGUGCCCCAAGUAUUGCUUGGAGGCUUCACAGUGAUCAAUGGAUCUCUCAGUUAUGUGAAAGAGGCAUCCACACCUACCAUGAAUGUGAAGGUUCUCUGAUUGAUCUGUUCUCUUUCAUGAUUUGCCAUCCAGAGCCUGAGCAACGAUUUAUUGCACUUAAACACUUGGGGAGGCUCAUGAGCCAAGAUGAACAUAGUGGGUCUGCUUUAUUAUGUUCUAGUAUUUGCGAUAAAGUAGCCUCAUCAGUAAGUAAGUCUUCUGCAUGCGAGCCGAUUAUAUCUGCGCUUGUUUAUGGUACAUGGGAUCAGGUAGCUUUGCUGGUUUCAUCUGACCCAUCACAGCGUUUAAGAAUCCACGCAAUGGCUCUUCUUGUCAACUAUGUACCAUUCUCUGAAAGACGCAACUUGCAAUCAUUUCUUGCAGCAGCUGAUACAGUUCUACAGUGUUUGACAAAGCUAUCACAACCAACCUGUGAAGGACCAUUAGCGCAACUUUCGAUUAUACUUUUUGCCAGUAUUUGCCUAUACUCUCCAGUUGAAGAUAUUUCACUUAUUCCUGAAAAUAUUUGGAGCAGUAUUGAAAGCUUUGCAUUAGGAGGAAAUGAAAGAUUUCCUGUCAGCCUUGAGAAAAGAACUUGCCAAGCUUUAUGUAGACUGAGAAAUGAAGGGGAUGAGGCUAAAGAGAUGUUGAAAGAAGCUCUCUCUUCAAAUUCCCAGCAGCAAAUGGAUCCAGAUUUUGGUCAUACACGCGAAACAAUCCUUCAGGUCAUAUCUGAUUUGUCCACUGUCAACUCAUACUUUGACUUUUUCUCAAAGGAAUGCCACCAAAAAGUUCUGGAAUUGGAGGAGGCCGAGAUUGAAAUGGAACUUCUUCAGAAGGAAAAAACAAUGCAGGAAUUAUCAGCUGAAUUUAAAGAUCUGCAUCAGCUUCCCUUCCUAACUGAUUCGGCAAGGCAAGAUAACCGCUUGCAGCAAAUCAAAGAGGAAAUCAAAUCCUUAGAAAAGGCCAAACUCAAAGAGGAGGUUGUAGCACGCAGGCAAAGGAAACUACUCGAUAGGCAUGCCCGGCAAAAGUUCUUGGAAGAGGCAGCUCUUCGAGAAGCUGAACUUCUACAAGAGCUAGAUAGAGAGAGGAUGGCUGAAGUAGAAAAGGAGAUUGAGAGACAACGUAUGCUGGAGCUUGAACGUACAAAAACCAGGGAGUUGCGACACAGCCUUGAUCUAGAGAAAGAAAAGCAAGCACAGAGAGAACUGCAACGAGAACUUGAGCAAGUUGAAUCUGGAGUUCGAUCGAGACGAGAUUUUUCAUCCACAAAUAGUGGUAGGCCACGAGAAAGAUACCGUGAAAGGGAAAUGGGAAGAGCAGGUAAUGAAGGGACCAGAACUAGUACAGGGAUGACACAGCCUGAAACUGCUACAAGCUCAUCAAUGGUAACCAUGCCUACUGUUGUUCUAUCAGGGGCAAGGCAGUUCUCUGGCCAACAUCCAACUAUUCUACAAUCACGUGACAGAGAUGAAUGUGGCAGCAGCUAUGAAGAAAACUUUGAUGGUAGUAAAGACUCGGGGGACACAGGGAGUAUUGGGGACGCAGACCUGGUAUCAGCACUUGAGGGACCAUCCAUGAACUUUGGGUCGUCUCAAAGGCAUGGUCCCCGGGGGAGUAAGCCUAGGCAAAUUGUGGAACGAAGAGAACGGGAUGGUAGACGGGAAAGUAAAUGGGAGAGAAAACAUUAAAUUAAGCACCAACAAGAUUAGUCGCAUUACCUACCAAGCGUGAUGGAAUAUACACUUCCAUUACAGGUCAAGGAGUAGUGCUAUAGGAUGGUUAUCAAUUUUUGGAUAACCAGAUUUAUCUGUGUUAGCAAGAAUGUUGUUGUUGGUAUAUUUAUCUGUAGAGGAAGAAGCUCAAGGAAGACUGUAAAUUCGCAGCACUGUCCUCAUAGUAAGCUAGGGAGUACCUAGUCGAGCUUCAGGCCGUUUUGUAAAAGUAAUUGUACCAUUAUCUAUUGUAAUGACAUGUGACUUUUAUGUUCAAGAUUUUGGCAA